AUGCAACACAGCAUACCUUCCGCAAAUGCAUACACUAGCUCUUCAGCACCCUACAUGCAGCCACAAAAUCUGACAGCUGAAGCCGUCGCCUCACUUCCACCCCCAGGGCUAUCUGGGCCAUCGUCACUAGAGUUCGUUCCGGGAAGGAAACAAAGCGGACGAGCAAAUUUCUUGGUGUUUGUAUCCACUUCAGCAAAGUCCCGCUCAGUUCUCGCAAAUCGAAGAUCACGGGCGAAUGUUGAUCCUGCGUUAGCUGCUGCAGCGAACAGCGAAAGGCAAAUAUGCAUCCUCGAUCUCCACACAUUUGAGCAAAGGCCGCUACUGAAGAUCCCUAGCAAACGUCGUUUCGACAGCAGUGAGCACCAGCAAUCCAAUGCUUCUUUUACGUCUGAUGCGCUUUCGUUAGAAGAACGGCUUCGAAGAGAGAGGCAAAGACUAAAUGCUUCCGGAAACUUGACUCAAUUUUGCUGGGCAUACGAUGAAAGAGAGGUUCUACGGGUCUUGGUUCCUAUUCGAGGCAGCCUAUACGUUCAAGAUGGUGUAGAUUCCUAUCUCAAAGUAUUGUAUGACAAGCACUCAUUGGACCACCUGGCACGGUCGUCAAAUAUCUCUCCCCCUCCACCUACUGCGGCAAUAGACCCACAACUAAGCCCCGACGGACAGCUCUAUGCUUUCUGUGCUUUGGGAGAAAUUUUUGUAUCGUCUGCCAGCGAAUGUCAGCAACCGGUGCAAAUCACAUUUGGUGCUGAUUUAAGGCGCUCCGUCUCACAUGGCUUGGCUGAUUUUGUGGCACAAGAGGAAAUGGACCGCUACAGAGGGUUCUGGUGGUCUCCUGACUCGGAGGGAAUUGUUUUCGCCAAAGUAGACGAGUCGAAGAUACCCCCUUACCGAAUCAUUCAUCACGAGCAUGAAGCAACGUCAAAUAGUUGUGUAUUCGAAGAUCAUCGUUAUCCAUUUGCUGGUAAAGCAAACCCAAAAGUCCGGCUCGCCUAUGUCCAAGUUGAUUCAGCUUCCCUUGGUUUCAAAGGUCAUGGUAGUUCGGACAUGAGCAGUAGUCAGUAUUCCUCCCGGCCGUCGAGCCACCCUUCGGAGAUAGCGGAACACUAUUGGAGAAACACAAUUUGGUUCGAUCCACCAAGAGAGGCGUCAGAGUACUUGGCCCGUCUCACUUUUUUGCCUGAUGGAUCGGCUUGUGCGCAAUGGCAAAACCGGACUCAGAAUUGUUUGGUACUAUCGAGAAUGGAUUUGAAUUCUGGAAGGACAAGAUCCUUGCUCGUCGAGCGUUCGGAUAGCUGGAUUAAUCUACAUAGGCUGAUGCAUUGUCUCGGUCGGCCAAUACACCCUCGAGAGUGCGAUGCUAUGGGCAGCUAUCAACACUUGCCAGACACCUUGCCCGAAGAUUCAUUUUCUUUUGUUUUUGGCAGUGAACGAUCUGGAUUCUGUCACCUGUAUCUCUAUACAUAUAUCCCCAAUUUUAACGCAGACCAGGCCAUGCUGAUACGUCAACUCUCCGCAGGAGAUUGGAUGAUUGAAAGCAUCGCUGGAUCUUCUUUGAAGCACAACGCAAUAUAUGUCACGGGUACCUUCGAUUCUGUUUUGGAAAAGCACCUUUAUGCGUUACCGAUUCUUGCAAAUCAGAACGCUCACCUUCAGCUUGAGAGAACGGUCUCGAGUUAUCCUGUUCCACAGCCAACGCACACUGGUAAUCAGAAUGGGGUGCGACGCGGACUAAAGCAAGUUAUUGAUGCCCUUUCUGGAAAAAGUUCUAACUCUGCUCUCGACGAUUCUGAAACGGACAACCAUAAUGGUCCAACAUCAAUGGUAAUGGAGACCACUGGCACACCCCCAGGAGUCCCCAACUUGAAUCUUUUUGCGUCAACGCCGUUGCGCUUAACUGUUGAGAGUGGUAUACAUAGCAUUGUGAUUGACCCUGACUGCACGAAGAUGAUUGAUACCUGCUCAGACUUGGGACGUCCACCGACUGUCAAGAUAUUUGAAAUCCCCGAAUAUGGACCCUUCCAUAUGUUGCAAUCGAGUGCUCGAAUCGCUGAAUUGCCUCUGCUUUUCACCCUUUAUGAUGCAACGCGGGAUGAUAAAUCCAUGGAUCUAUCGUCCGAGUUUUCGACUGGCCUCCUGUCCCCCGAGUUGAUGAUGUUCCCGUCAUCAGAUGGGACAGAAACAUUGCAUGCAGCUUUGUAUAGACCUGAUGCACGUGUUCAUGGCCCAGGGCCAUAUCCGCUUGUAUGUGCUGUCUAUGGCGGUCCGCAUGUUCAACGGGUCAACCGGAGCUGGAGUCAAUGUGCAGAUAUGCGAGCGCAACGAUUGCGGUCUCUUGGAUUUUGUGUUGUAAAGUGCGACAAUCGGGGAAGCUCAAGGCGUGGAACAGCCUUUGAAUCCGCAAUUGCGCGUCGUCUGGGUCGCAUGGAAGUCUUGGAUCAGGUAGCUGUUGUGCGACAGUUGACAGUCCGUGGUAUUGCCGAUCCAACUCGGGUCGGUAUCUAUGGAUGGUCCUACGGUGGGUAUCUCUCUGCUAUGUGCUUGUGUCGAGCCCCUGAUGUUUUUCAUGUCGCAGUUGCUGGAGCUCCAGUGACUUCUUGGGACGGAUACGACACUCACUACACCGAGCGGUACAUGGGGCUGCCUUCUGAAAAUCCAAAUGGCUAUCGCGAGUCAGCUAUUUUUGACCAUGUCCCAAACAUGCGAGGAAAGUUGCUUUUGGUCCACGGUUUAAUCGACGAGAAUGUUCACUUCCGGCAUACUACGCGGCUAAUCAAUCGCUUGAUAGCAGCAGGGAAGGACUAUGAUCUGCUGCUGUUUCCAGAUGAACGACAUUCUCCAAGAAGACUGCGCGACAGAAUAUACAUGGAACAACGAAUAUCGGAUUACUUCCUCAAGCAUCUGUCUAAUUCACAUAAUAGUGCUCCUGUAAGGGCUAUGGCAGGACUGUAA